AGUCGCCAACAAUAAUUCUGCUCCUUCCUUCGUCUGCUUCUCCUUACACUCUUUCGUCCAAAAUUUCCUUAAUUUUUUUCUCUUCAUAUAUAUAUCCAUGUUGAGUCCUCUAUUCUUCAUUAAUUCAUCCCCUACACUAACAAAACAUCGAUCGAUAUAUCACCAUUUUCAAAUCCAUAUUAAGUAAUGGCUGCAAUGGGACGUGACUUGGUGUUCGAGGAUUUUUUCCCAUCCAUGGUGGAGAAACUGGGGUCGGAAGGGUUCUUGAACGAGCUCAAGAACGGGUUUCGGGUGCUGAUGGAUAAGGAGAGGGAAGUGAUUACGUUCGAGAGCUUGAAGAAGAAUUCGGCGUUGUUAGGGUUGGAAAAUAUGAAUGAUGAUGAGCUAAUGUGCAUGUUGAGAGAAGGGGAUUUGGAUGGAGAUGGUUGCUUGAAUGAGAGGGAAUUUUGUGUGCUAAUGGUAAGGUUGAGCCCUGAUUUGAUGGACAAAUCAAGAAUGUGGUUGGCUCAGAGUGUUGAAAAUGUGGUUUAAUGUUGGACUAGGAUUAUUAUUAGGCUAUGCUAGCUAGGCUCUAUGAAUUAGUACCAUGUUGUUUUUUCCCUUUUUAUCUGUCUCUAGUUUAAUUUAUUAGUACUGUAGUUCAUUGUUAUGGUUCUUUGGUUUUUGCCAUCGUUAAUGUGGUUUCUUGAAAACUCAAUGAAUUGUUGGUUGCUAAUC